UCAAUACCGUACAACUAAAAUAUCUAAUCAUAUUGAUAGUCGGUUAUAGUUUGUGGCCGUACAGCAUAUUCAAGACAGUAUUAUACACUAUGGAUGUCAUGGAAAGGUUUGGUUGGAUUUGUCUGGUAUGCUUAAUGCCUGGAGCACUUGCAGGGAGAUUCUGCCCUGAUUCGGGACACUAUUACUGCGAAUUCGGAUGCUGUCGUGGCUUUGCACACUACGGUACAAGCUCGGUAUGCUGUGAGGGCAAACUCACACCCGCACCCACUACCUACAGCCCAAGCUCUGUAGUUGAAAGCACUGUAAACCUCGCUGUGAUUAUCGGCGCUUCGGUAGGAGGAUUCCUUCUCCUGGUGGUGAUAGUGUCUGUUGUCCUCUGCAUUGUCUGCUGCACCAAGACAAACCGGGGCCAGGCGGGCCAGGUCGUACAGGGACAGACUAUGGUGGUUGCAGGAUCUUAUCCGAUGCAAACAAAUAACAUGCAGCCGGGGAUCAACCAAUUGCAACAACAGCCGUAUUAUAGCAACACAACCCCCAACCUACAAUCUGGGGCAAGUCAGUGGCAGCAGCAACCGCAACCUUACAUACCGCCAGGAGAAGAACAGGAUAGUUAUAAAAUGCAUCAGCAGCCACCAGCGAAUUACCCAUAAACAAUAUAUAUAUAUGUAUAACCAGAUGUUGCAGCAGCAUCCACCAUUGAACUACUCUUGAAAAACAACAUUUUAUAAUUAUUGAAGUUAUAAUUGAUGUUGCGUUUUAUUAAUAAUUAAAAUGUUUAAUUGGUUAUGAAAAUCAUCUUUGUAUGUAUGUUUUAAAGUUGUAAGUAUGUUCCAAGAUUGUGUUCUGUUUUUGUACAUUUGGAUUUAGUAUUGUUUCAUUACACAG